AUGGACUGUUUUGACAUGAAGAAUGGGACUGUAUGUUGCUUGGCAGGUCUGGUGCUGCGUAACGUGCCGUACGUAACUGAGGCGGUCCACAUUGAGCAGACCUGGUCAGCAGCUCUGAGGAACAUCGCUCUGGCCAUCAUACUGACCCGUGCUGGACUGGGCCUCAACCUUCGGUACAGACAGACAGCUCUCCGCAGACUCAAGGCGGUGUGUGCGACUGGCAGUAGGGACUGUACAGUGGAGGCAUCAACAGUAGCUGUGAUGUCUCACUUCCUGAUGGGCUUGCCCUGGGUCUGGGGAUUCAUACUGGGGUUUGUUCUGAGUGCUGUAUCCCCAGCGGUGGUGGUGCCCUCCAUGUUGUUACUCCAGAAGGAUGGCUACGGCGUGGAGAAGGGAAUCCCUACUCUGCUGAUGGCUGCUGGGAGUUUUGAUGACAUCCUCGCCAUCACAGGGUUCACCACCUGUCUGGGCGUGGCCUUCGCUUCAGGUUCUAGUUGGUAUAAUCUGGGUCGGGGGGUGCUGGAGGUGGGAGGAGGAACAAUCAUCGGAAUCAUUCUUGGAUUUUUCCUCCGUUUUUUCCCCAGCAGAGACCAGGAGGAUGUGGUAUUGAGGAGGAGUGCGAUGUUGUUGGGGCUGUCUGUGUUUGUUGUGUUCGGAAGUAGAGUGGCUGGUUUCCCGGGAGCAGGAGGACUCUGUACUCUGGUCAUGGCCUUCCUCAGCUGCGCUGGGCUGGGGGCAGAGAAGGGCCCAGUAGCAGCAGUGGUAGGGAACUUCUGGGACAUCUUCCAGCCGUUACUGUUUGGACUGAUAGGAGCAGAAAUCACAGUAUCUACACUGAACCCCAAUACAGUGGGUCUGGGUCUGGUCUGUAUCAGUGCAGGCCUGCUGGUUCGUGUUCUGGUAACUCUAUCUGUGGUUCUGUUUGCUGGUUUCACUCUGAGAGAGAAGCUCUUUAUUGCUUUGGCCUGGAUCCCCAAAGCCACCGUACAGGCAGCGAUAGGUUCUACAGCCUUGGACAUGGCCCGUGUAUCGGGGGAUGAGGUUCUGGUGAAGUACGGUCUGGAUGUUCUGACUGUGGCUGUUCUGGCCAUCCUCACUACAGCACCUAUAGGAGCCCUGGGGAUCGGCCUGGCAGGGCCCAGACUGCUGACCAGACACCCGGAGGACACACACGCAGACAGGAAAGAGGCCAGAGAAAGUGUCCCGGCGGUAAAGAAAAGGGGCGGCGCCGUAAUUAAAGUCACCGCCUGCGUCGGCCAAAUGACUGAAGGCUCCACUCCCCGCUGCCUGGCUCAACUGCCUGGCUCCACUCCCCGCUGCCUGGCUCAGCUGCCUGGCUCAGCUGCUCAGUGA